AUGAACCUUGCCAACGAUCUCCUAAAAAGGAAGACCGGAUACAGCAUCAGAGAAGAGGAGAAUUUGUCCCCAGGUCGUCUCUCCGAGGUCACAUUUCCAAAACUACUUUAUAAUCAUCUCUUCCUAUCUCCUGCCGUAAUGUUUUCGUAUUCCUCAACACCAAGCCAUCAUCUUCAACGUGAGCAACGAAAAUCUAAUCUCAGUCAUGCCACCAUUGGAUACUAUAGCUUCUCGAAUAUCCGCUAUGCUCAGCCUUCCAUCAAAACGCUUCGGCUCAGAUCACCAGUGACUUUAAAAAGGGUAAGUCUUGGUAACAUGCGACUAUCGUGUGAGCCAUGCGCGACUACUGCAAACAGACUCCCACUGGUAUUUCCACAGAGAUCAAUAAUGGAUCCAUUGGUCGUAUCUGUCCUUAAGCAUCAUUACAGUGCUAUGGCGGACUCCAUUCCUAAGCUUCCCCCGACCGUGAGCUAUAAUCCGCGAAUGACCGAGGAUUGUCCUUUCUCGGAUGUCAUCGUUCCGAAACAGUUAUUUGAGGGACUUCGGAGGCUACUGUUCUCAACUAUGAAUGUCACAUUCUCAAUCGUCAAUAUUUUGACUAAUGGCAAUGAUCGAAUAUCUUCGGAGGCGGAUAUCAAUGACCAAAUGCUGUGGGUUGCAAUCAAAUAUCAUCUCGGGACGCUCACCUCUCAAUGGGUGGGCGACAACAUCCACCGUUUCGGUGGAGAUAAGCAUCGGGUAACAGUUCUCGGUAAAUCCGCUGACGCUGGCUCGGUAAUACACCAUAUUACGGCAUUUAGUGGAGCGCGAGUUGAGAAGGAGCAUCGACUAUUUCAGAAGGCAUCCCUUUUCGCUGCUUAUUCCGGCGCAGCUCCUCCAGAAAUUCAUUCAAUCGUUAGGCUAGCCCUCAUUCUAGUAUAUAUACAUCAAAUUGACAACACGCUAUAUGGCUGCAAUCUCUACGGUCCAAUCAUAGAUGGAGAUAUCGCCCCGGCUAUUCCAAGGACUCGCUUGAAAGAGAGUCGCUUUGAUCGCGAUCUCUACGUUAUGGUAGGCCACGACUCGAAUCAAGGGUUGACCUUCACAAGCCCACAGGCCAACACGUCCAUGACCCUUACGAUAUCUCUGGCGGCCGACUACAUCUUCAGCGAUCUUCAUGCAUCCGCCUUUGAUGGCUCGAGAGGUUAUUAG